AUGCGAAAUUUUUGUCGCCUCAUCAGGUCGCGAGCUUCCACCAAGCCUGAUGUUUCGGCUGCCGUGGAGUUGCAUUUGAAGCUUGUUGGCCUCACGCCUCCUCAGGGUUUCUCGGCCGUUGACCUUGACCAGAACGACGAAUCGUCUGCAAUGUGUAACCCAACUCGCCAAAACACAAUAACCACUGACGAAUCAAGUUUGACCGAUGCUAGCUAUUAUCGAUAUGCAUCAGAUGUGAACCUUCCUUGGCGCGUGCACGCGACGCUCCGUUGGGCUUUGGUUUGUUGUGUGCGACAAUUUGGCGACCACCUUAGAGUAAUUCAAAUGGAUGCCAAGCAGAAGAGGAAAUUAGAACAGUUAUGGAAUACUCUGCCCGGAGGUGUUUAA